AUGGGUGAGUCCUACGUGGUCCUCACUGUGGAUCCUAUGUGGAUCACGAAAGAAUUUAAUGGAAAACCUGACUCCCUCUUUUUCAAUGAUGGCCAGCGAAGAAUUGACUUUGUUCUCGUGUAUGAAGAUGAAAGUAGAAAAGAGACGAAUAAAAAGGGUACAAAUGAAAAACAAAGGAGAAAAAGACAAGCAUAUGAAUCUAAUCUCAUCUGUGAUGGCCUUCAGCUAGAAGCAACGAGAUCACUUUUGGAUGACAAGCUUGUAUUUGUAAAGGUGCAUGCACCUUGGGAGGUGUUAUGCACGUAUGCAGAGUUAAUGCACAUCAAGUUGCCUCUGAAACCCAAUGAUCUGAAAACCCGGUUCUCAGCCUUUGAUGGUUUAAACUGGUUUACCAAAGUCCUAAGAGUGGAUGAAACUCUCAUCAAGCCAGAGCAAGAAUUUUUCACUGCCCCAUUUGAGAAGGACCGGAUGAAUGAUUUUUACAUUCAAGAUAAAGAUACCUUCUUCAAUCCUGCCACCAGAAGUCGCAUUGUUUACUUCAUCCUCUCUCGGAUCAAGUACCAGGAAAGGGAAAACAUUAACAAGUUUGGGAUUAACAAGCUUGUAAGCUCUGGCAUCUAUAAAGCAGCUUUCCCUCUUCAUGAUUGCAACUUCAGCCAACAGUCAGAGGAUCCCAGCUGCCCUAAUGAACGGUACCUUCUGUACAGGGAAUGGGCUCAUCCUCGAAGCAUAUACAAGAAGCAGCCUUUGGACCUUAUCAGGAAAUAUUAUGGAGAGAAGAUUGGAAUCUACUUUGCUUGGCUGGGCUAUUAUACUCAAAUGCUGCUCCUGGCUGCCGUUGUAGGAGUGGCUUGCUUUCUUUAUGGAUAUUUUAAUCAAAACAACUGUACCUGGAGCAAAGAAGUAUGUGAUCCUGAGAUAGGCGGCAAGAUCAUAAUGUGUCCACAGUGUGAUAGGCUUUGUUCAUUUUGGAAUCUCAGUAUUACUUGCGAGUCCUCAAAGAAAUUGUGUAUAUUUGACAGCUUUGGAACCCUGAUCUUUGCUGUAUUUAUGGGAGUAUGGGUUACCUUAUUUUUGGAGUUUUGGAAACGACGCCAAGCAGAACUUGAAUAUGAAUGGGACACUGUUGAGUUACAGCAGGAAGAACAAGCCCGGCCAGAAUAUGAAGCAAGGUGUACUCACGUGGUGAUAAAUGAGAUUACCCAGGAGGAAGAGCGUGUUCCCUUUACUACCUGCGGAAAAUGUAUACGUAUAGCCCUCUGUGCAAGUGCUGUCUUUUUCUGGAUCCUAUUAAUCAUCGCUUCAGUUAUUGGGAUCAUCGUUUACAGGCUCUCGGUGUUCAUUGUGUUUUCUGCACAACUGCCCAAGCACUUUAAUGGAACAGACCCGAUCCAGAAGUAUUUAACUCCACAGACAGCGACGUCCAUCACUGCUUCCAUCAUCAGCUUUAUCAUUAUCAUGAUUCUGAACACCAUCUAUGAAAAAGUGGCCAUCAUGAUUACUAACUUUGAACUCCCAAGGACCCAGACUGAUUAUGAAAACAGCCUAACCAUGAAGAUGUUCUUAUUCCAGUUUGUCAACUACUACUCGUCGUGUUUCUACAUUGCGUUCUUUAAGGGCAAAUUUGUGGGUUAUCCGGGAGACCCAGUCUAUUGGCUGGGGAAGUACAGAAAUGAAGAGUGUGAUCCAGGUGGCUGUCUCCUUGAACUGACAACUCAGCUGAUAAUAAUCAUGGGUGGUAAAGCAAUCUGGAAUAACAUACAAGAAGUGUUACUCCCCUGGAUCAUGAAUCUCAUUGGAAGGUACCGCACAGUGUCAGGAUCAGAAAAGAACACCCCUCGGUGGGAACAGGACUACCACCUGCAGCCAAUGGGCAAAUUGGGAUUGUUUUAUGAAUAUCUUGAAAUGAUUAUUCAGUUUGGGUUCGUCACCUUAUUUGUGGCCUCUUUUCCACUGGCACCUCUGUUGGCUUUGGUGAACAAUAUAUUGGAAAUAAGAGUGGAUGCGUGGAAGCUGACUACCCAAUAUAGACGCAUGGUGCCGCAAAAAGCCCAGGACAUCGGUGCAUGGCAGCCCAUCAUGCAAGGAAUAGCAAUUCUGGCUGUGGUGACCAAUGCUAUGAUCAUUGCUUUCACAUCAGACAUGAUUCCCCGCCUAGUGUAUUACUGGUCCUUCUCCGUCCCUCCCUACGGGGACCACGAUCACUACACCAUGGAGGGCUACAUCAACAAUAGUCUCUCGGUCUUCAACAUCAUGGACUUCAAAAACAGAACCCAGGAAAACCCAUACCUUGGACUUGGCAGCCAUACCACAUGCAGAUACCGUGAUUUUCGGUACCCACCUGGACACCCCCAAGAGUAUAAACAUAACAUCUACUACUGGCAUGUGAUUGCAGCUAAGCUGGCUUUUAUCAUUGUCAUGGAGCAUGUCAUCUACUCUGUGAAAUUCUUCAUUUCCUACGUAAUCCCAGAUGUAUCGAAAACCACGAAGAGCAAGAUCAAGAGAGAGAAAUACCUAACCCAAAAGCUUCUUCAUGAGAAUCACAUCAAAAAGAAUUUGGGAGUGAUAGUUGAGAAGCUAGUAGAAGGAGCAGCGAAUCAUUUACGACCAAAAUCAGAAUAA